AUUUGUGUCAACAGACUUGUAAUGUGCUUCUACACUUUGCCUCUGCUAACGUUUAUACACACUACCUUGUCGAAUCGCAGGACCUUUACAAAACGGAUCAACUUGCCGGCAAACUUCUUCCUUGUUUGUCCUUUUUAACUGUGGACCCUGAGAAAAGCAUUCGAGAUGAUGCAUUUCAAUCCAUAUACACGGUGUUGGACCAUUUGAAAAAGUUUCCCACAGGGCUUUACUGUUUCCUUUUUGAGAUCGAUGAUAUCCUCAAGGAUAUUUGUGCGAAUCGGACGGCAUCGAACCACUGUCCGCUUCCCCAUUUCGACACCUGGUGCACGUGGACGUCGU